CCCACUUUUUCCCUGGGUGUUGAUCGUUCUGCGCCCUGCAAAAUGUCAGAAUUUUGCACGGUUUGAGCGCACCCAAGGGCAGAAAAGUCAUCUUUCCUUGUGCAGAUGCCGAGUCGGCAUCAUUGACGGUAACGCGUUAGUGCCGAAUCCAGCUGCUUGGACCCAUUCGAGGCGGCUCAGCAGCGAAAUUGGCCGUAAUUCUCGGUCGGGAACCACGCCCCACGCCGGGUGAUCAAAGGAAGCAGACCAUUAUCUCGAGUUGUUUUAUCAUUUGCAAUCCACUCUGCGGGCCGAUGGUGAGCUUCGAGAGCUGUCCAACUGAGGAAUCAUAGUGCUAAUUGCGCCCGUCGCGAUUUCCCGGAGAAUCUGAACCUGUGAAGUGGUGCGCGAUGGAGAAAGGAAUGACAACGUCGGACCAGCCUUCUUCGGUGGCUACCACGUCACGCGGAGGAGACAAAAAGACGUCCAAGAAAGACUCUAAGGACAAAACGUCGCCGUCAAAAGGUAAAAUAAUAUGUCUAACAUGCAAGAAGAAGUGCUCCGGAGAAGUAUUGCGCGUGCAGGACAAAUAUUUCCACAUCUCUUGCUUCAAAUGCAAAGUAUGCAAGUCAUCGCUGGCGCAGGGUGGCUUCUUCAACCACGAGGGCGCGUACUACUGCACCGCCGAUUAUCAGCGCCAGUUUGGAACCAAAUGCGUGGCCUGCGGCGAGUAUGUCGAGGGUGAGGUGGUCACCGCCCUCGGCAACACCUACCACCAGAGAUGCUUCACGUGCUCCUCUUGCCGGAAAGCUUUCCCAUCUGGCGACCGGGUUACCUACAAUGGGCGCCAGGUGCUAUGCCAGCGGUGCUCAGAGGGCGGGCCCAAACCCGUGGCCCAGAGCCCCCAAAUUCAACAGGUGACCUCUGGCUCGCCGGCAGUGCCCAACUCGCUGCCCCUCCUCUCUUCGCAGUGCGCUGGCUGCCAAGAAGAGCUCAAGGAGGGACAGGCGUUGGUUGCUCUGGACAGGCAGUGGCACGUCACCUGUUUCAAAUGCCAGUCCUGUGGAGUCACCCUCCAGGGAGAGUACAUGGGAAAGGACGGCAUUCCCUACUGCGAGAAAGACUACCAGAAACAGUUUGGUGUCAAGUGUGCUUACUGUAGUCGUUACAUAUCAGGAAAGGUGCUCCAGGCUGGCGAAAACCAUCAUUUCCACCCGACGUGCGCCCGCUGCACCAAGUGCGGUGAUCCGUUCGGAGAUGGUGAAGAAAUGUUCCUGCAGGGCGGAGCCAUUUGGCAUCCGCGGUGCGGCCCUGGGCCCACUGAAAAUGGCGCUAUUCUGAACGGAAAUGGCUCUGCGAUCGACGCUUACGAGAAUGGCGCCAGGGAUGGCUACGCAACCACCGACACGGAGGGCGGCUUCGACCACAUGAGCAGUGCUGCUCCCAGCGAGAUGCAGUUUUCUUUACGUUCUCGUACACCCAGUUUGAAUGGCUCAGUGUGUUAUAGUCCUCACUUAAAUAGCUUGAAUAGAAAGUUUAAACAUCUGCAGUACCGCUCAAGCUCGCCAGGAUUGAUCCUGCGAGAGUACAAGCACCCUGAAGACAUCAGCCGCAUCUACACAUACAGUUAUCUGACCGAAGAACCAAACAAUACUUCUUCCUACCUACGCCGGCCCAUUGAUCCUUACGACAAGCCACCAACCAGUCCGCACUUCCACAGGCCUCACUCUGCACAGUCAUCAUCGCGUUCGCGGGUGCUGCUGAAACAUGGCUCGCGGUCGGCAAUGCAAGUGUUGGUGGACAGCAUCAAGUCGGAGACGCCCCGGCCCAAGUCGCCGCACAUGAAUAACGAGGAGCCGAUCGAGCUGGCCCACUUCCCAGCGGCCAAGCGUCCUCCGCCAGGCGAGAAGUCCAAGAUCGAGCGCGACGACUUCCCAGCACCGCCCUACCCAUACACGGACCCCGAACGGAGGCGUCGCUGGUCCGACUCGUACAAGGGUGUGCCGCUGUCGGACGACGAGAACGGCGACGUCCAGCAGAGCCCUGGCGAUGAGGUAGACGCCAAGGUCGUCGAUGUUAAGCUCAAACGCGAGGAGGUUGAGCUGUCCAAGAUCGCCACCGGCAUCGGCAAGGUGUUCCUGCAGAACGUGCGCGAGAGGGAGAAGAUGCGUCAGUGGAAGAUGAGCCACCUGGACCCGCGCAACGCUUCAAGGACGCCAUCAGCAGCCAAGGAGCCCAUCAACCGGCUGCGAUAUGAGUCGCCCAUCAAUGCAUCACCAUCCAGGAAUAUGGACCACCCUAGGCCAUGGGAGGAGGAUCAAUUCGACAGGAGCUCUAGCUAUCGAUCAUCGGUGGGACGAUCCACUGGCGCUAUCCCCAGCUAUAAUGUUCUCCACUCAGCUCCCAAACCUGGCUACGGCCUCAAGUCGAGCACCCUUCCGGCCAAUGGACGAAACGGCUUUUACUCGCCGCCCGGCGUUUACAGCGGAGGUGACUUUUCCUUCAGUGGAUUAGGUGAAAAGACACAGAGCACGGAAUUCAGCAGUGGCAAAUCAGAUAUUUCAGGUGGCUCCAUUUCUGAGGUUGACCGCAGAGCACUAGGGGGCAACGUGACCGACGCGUCGAGUGAAUUCCGCAGCUCGACCACUUUCGGAGGCGGAAUCCAACGGUGCUACCCUGCCUUUGUUCCGGCCGCGUCGCACUCGUACAGCCCGCACCUGCGCCGCUCGCUGCCCACCCUGAACCACAGCAUGGCCGUCGCCAUGUCCGCCGCCUCGGCAGAGCCGCCAAAACUCUACCCGUACCAUUUGCUGAUGACCACCAACUACCGCCUGCCUGGAGACGUUGAUCGCCUUAACCUUGAGAGGCAUCUUUCUGACAGUGAGUUUGAAAUGAUUUUCCACGUGCCGAGGAUGGAAUUCUACCGGAUGCCGCAGUGGAAACGGAAUGACCUGAAGCGAAGGGCCCUGCUCUUCUAAACUCUGACCUGCACGCUUGACCCAGUAUCAUUCUAUUCACUUCAUCGAGGAAGGAAACGUCCUCUCACUCUCGAGUCGGUGCUAAGGCUUUGCAAUUCGGUGCUUAUAGUGCAGCCGACUUGUGCAUCUCCUGAGUUACCUUUGUAAUAACGCAUCAACUCCUUUGUAAUUAGUCGCAUCGUCAGUCGCAAUUUUUAAAUGCAACCUAGUGGUACUAUUUAGUUACACUCUAUUCGUCGUUAAGUUCCUAUGGGUGAUUUUUAUUUUCGGUAACCAGGUGCUGCUGCAGUUUUUAUUUUAAUCCACUUAUACACACACACUUAUGAUUUUGUUGAAGAGGGAGUGCUUUUUAGCCAAAAUACACGUUGAUCAAUGACGACAGGUGCUUUUUGAAACGCAUUGUCUAUAAUUAUACAUAACCAAGUACUAAUAAUAUUAAUAACAAAAGCAAACAGCAAUUUUAGACCUAGUUGUGUAGCAUGACGAGGAAGAAGUUGCAAAACGCAGCUUUUUAUUCUGAUGAAAAGACGAGUUUGCGAGAAGAGAGAUAAAAUGAAAAGAUCGCAGAUUUUAGAGGUGACCUACAGAUUAAACCGAUUGAUGCUGAAUAUUUAUGACUCAAUAUCUACAGCUAUGCCUUAUGUAAUGUAAUUCCUGGGAGCUAGUGAAUGUGCUGGCCAAUAAUUGAGCUAUGAACCGCCCAAAUUCUUGGGCUCCGCUACGGAAUUCGGCCAAAGUGUUUUUCUCUGUAAAAAGAAAGCAGCUGUACAUUUUGUGAGAGACUACUUAUACUAUGAGCUAUUGAAUAAUAUAUAUAAAAAAAUAUAUUGCAAAAUUUUAAGCAUCCGCUAAUUGUGAAUUUCAGGUUCGGGGCAUGAAGAAGUCAGUUCUUCUAUUGAUGCAAAUUAAUUCAUCUUAAUUUGAAUGUUAACAAAGGAAAACUGUUCAGAGAAAAAAAGCAAAAAUGAGGGCGGAAUCCGCCUAGUUCAACAUUUUCUGAAGCACGUUUUCCUUCAAAGUCUGUUUCUUUUAAUUAUGAUAUAAUCAAGUCAAACAUAAAUUGACAUCAACUGCCUUCUUCAUGCCACCUUUAAUAAAAAAUUAGUGAAAAUCCACCCUUGAAGCGGACACUGAAAUGCUUUGUAGUGCUGAUGAGAUGUGCGGAAAGAUAGUCACUGAAAUUGCCUCUGCUACUCCCGUACACUUGUUGUUGCUGCUCCUUGAGAGACAAAGCUGAGCAUUUAAGAGGAAAGCUGCUUACUUAUUUUUUAAAUUGGCAACUGAAAUCAAAUUUUUGUACGCCGUCUGAGGUAGCUAUAUAUUCAGAACAUGUUAAUAAUUUCCCCUCCCGAUUGCGCUGCUUACUAUUUAUUGGAUGCACCCCGCCUUUCUCUAGACUUAAAAAGUAGUGACUUUGUCUCUAGACGAAUAAGAACAUCCCUUGACCAUAACUGUGCACAAAACGCAAAAUCCGAUAACAUCUAGUGGUAUUGAUUCUGCUUUUACGUCACUAUUAUUUGUAGAAAACGACUCAUCUUAAUUUUUCCUGGCGACGUCAACAUAUUGUUGGCACAUAUUUGUUGAAAGCGCCAGUGCAAAUCUUUUGCAUUUUUCUCUGUGCUUAAUUUUUCACUAUUUGUUGUAAAAUGAUUUGUUUGAAAAAUACUAUUUCUUUGCCUUUCAAUGGAGUUUGACCUCUUUGUCAUCAUUCUCUUAAAAAUUAAAUUGAAAUGAGAUCAAAA